AUGGCUUCAGGUCCUCGGAGCCAGAUUGGCGGUUUCAUCACAGACCCCACCGGCAGAUCCUUCUGGUUUAGUGAGCUGUUUCUUUGGGACGAUUUUCAAGCUUUGCAUCUUGACCUCAAACCGGAUUUGCAAAAAAGCAUCACGUGCCUAGAAACCUUGGCACAGAUAGCUUUGCUUUUGAUGACAUCCAAGUAUUUCCCAGGGCAUCGAAUGCCAAUUUGCUUGAAAUCGCUUUCGGACAACACAGGCGCCGAAGCCUCGAGUAACAAGCUUUUCAGCGUGAACCGGCCUUUGUGUUACUUCUUGGAACGUCUUUGUCUUUUGAGUGCUCAGACAAACAUGGAAAUCGACGUGGGACACAUCCCUGGACAUGACAAUGUCCUUGCCGAUAACCUGAGUCGCUGGGAUUUCAAUUCCUCGCCCCCGGGUGGCAUGCAGCUCAGCGAUCGAGUUCGCAUGCCACUGAAAGAACUUUGGCGAGAUCACCAGAAACCUGGCGUCUUUCCACCUGAGUGUCAUGUACCCUGGCCUUUGCCGAAGUAG